AUGCAGCCAUGUAGCGACAGCGCGGCAAGCACCGGCUUCAACAUCGUGGUGGAGGGCAAGUACACGAUCCAGGAUGCAAACAUCGUAGGUCGCGGGGCAUACAGCGUGGUAAAGGUGUGCACACCGAUCCCCCCGUACGUCCCCCCCGGGUCGCGGGCUGGGAUGAAGUACGUGGUGAAGAUUAUCGAGAAGGAGUACCUCAUCUUACUUGCCAAGGGCGACGUCGAGAUGGCGAUGGCGGAGAUCAAGCGAGAGAUCGACGUGCUGCGGCACAUCCCGUCCCAUGAGAACGUGGUGACGUUUCUCGAGUAUGUAGAGACAGAGAGGCAGUUUUUGCUCUUCUUUGAGAAGGUUCAAUGUGGUGACCUGUGUGAGCUCAUUCUGCAGUCUUCCAGCGGCAAGCUGACAGAGGAGAAGUCGAAGCUGUACACGUACCAGAUCAUCAAGGCGGUACUGCAUUGCCACCUGCAUGACAUCAUCCACCGUGACAUCAAACCUGAGAACUUGCUGGUGAGUGAGGACGACAAUAUCAAACUGACGGAUUUCGGCUUAGCAAAGCGCUCGCGCGGCGUGUGCACUGGAGACCCUUCGAAGGAUCCUCUCGACGUGACGGCGUUGAUGAUGCCGUAUCCCGGUUGCGAGCGUCUCCUGGGCAAGCGGGUAGUUUGCUCGGACGUCAUUGGUACGCCCCGCUACGGCGCCCCAGAGAUGUUCUAUGCCAAGUUCACGCAGACCCACUACGAUGGCUUCAACGCCGACACGUGGUCCAUCGGCGUUGUCACGUACAUUACGCUCUCCGGUAGCUUCCCCUACUCGCCGGGGUCGAACGCGUCGGAAAAGGAGGUGUUUCGCACGAUCAUGGGUACUCCGUUGCCGAAGCCGUUUGGUAUCUCACCGCUGGCGUGGGAGUUUGUGCAGUCGAUGCUGAACAAGGACCCGAGUAAGCGUACCCCCUUGUACGCCGCCCUCAACCACCCAUGGCUGGCUGACGUGGUGGUGCAGCGCGGCUCUGUCGUGGCGGCGCAACUGCGGUCGAGCGUCAUCUCGGCCGAUGUCGAGUCUGCUGCCGCCCGCUUCGACGAAGAGGUGCGCCAUCUACGCAUUUGCAUGGCCAAGCUGCAAGGUGAAGUGGCCCUGCUCCGAGAGGAGCGGGACCGGGCGCGUGAGGUGCAGCAGCCAGCUUUCCAAGAGACCCACACGCCGGCCCGCCGUGCGCAGACGCCGAGUGGGCUUUCACGGCCGCGCAGCACUCGCUAUCCCAUGUCAACGGCUCGCGUCUCCUCGCCUGCGCGCGUCGUUACUCACCGCCGCACAGGCAGUCGCGAUAGCAGCAGCGCUGGAUCUCUCCCCCGCCGCUCAUCCGCGACGCGCGGGCGGAGUCCACUGGCGCGCAGCGCCGGCGGUGCCGCUGUGCGUCGUGGCACUCCUGCACGAGCCGGCGGCACGACCCCCGCCCGCAGCGGAACACCGUUUCGUACCACCGCCGGUCGCUCGGGCUCUGCGGCGCGCACUACGAUCACCACUCGUGGCGCCACGCCGACCCGCACCACCACGCCAGGCCACAGCGCCAACAAUCGGUCGCGCACCCCCCAUAGCAGCGCUACCUCUGGCGCCGCUAACGGCAUCACUUCCGGCGCGCUGCACACCACGAAUGCCGUGAAUCCUGCGAAUGAGCUGCAUCUUGGCGACCAGGUCACGUACAAGGGCUGCCGCGCUAUUGUGCGGUUUAACGGCUCAACUGCGUUUGGUGCCGGUAUUUGGAUUGGACUGGAAAUGUUAGAGGGCAACGAGGGUACCAACGAUGGCUCCUCGUUCAUUGACAAGAAGCAGUACUUCACGUGCCCAAAGGGCAAAGGUGUGUUUGUGCGCGCCUCCCAGGUGAAGAAACUUGGCUGA